GUGAGUAUAAAAACGGUCUGUACAAAGAAGCUCUCUCCUCCUUUCGGUGAUUUCACCUGCUCUGCUCUUUUGUUUCGUUGUUUCAGCUCUCUCUCUCACUCCUCACGAAUCAAACACCUCCCCAUCUCUCUCGAUAUCUCUCUCAUUUCCAAAUCGCCUUUAGGGUUUUGCAUCCAUUUUUUCUAAAUCAAAUAUUAGAGUCCAACAAAGCUAAUCACUUGAAAACCUAAUUCAUUGGCAGUCGAACUGCUUUGAUUUUCUCUCUCUGAUUGUCGAUUGAACAAAGUCAUGGACGCUGAUUCGUGGAGUGCUCGUCUGUCUUAUGCCUCAAAGCGGUACCAAUCAGCUCUUCAAUCGCGAUCUGAUAUGUUCAUGGGUUUUGAAGAAAUUGAUGGAGAUGAUGAUAUAAGAGAGGAGUUUCCUUGCCCGUUCUGUUCAGAGUAUUUUGAUAUCGUCGGAUUGUGUUGUCAUAUUGACGACGAGCAUCCUGUAGAGGCAAAGCAUGGGGUGUGCCCAGUUUGUGCAAUGAGGGUGGGGGUUGACAUGGUUGCACAUAUAACGCUGCAACACGGAAACAUUCUCAAGAUGCAGCGCAAGAGGAAAUCCCGUAAAGGUGGAGCCCAUUCAACACUUUCUUUGUUGAGGAGGGAACUGCGAGAAGGAAAUUUGCAGUCCCUCUUUGGAGGGUCCUCCCGUAUAGUUUCUUCAGCUAACGUGGCACCUGAUCCAUUGUUGUCAUCAUUUAUUUUGCCUAUGGGUGAUGAUUUUGGGAGUUUUCAGCCUCAGUCUUCGGCUGAAACAAUCUCAGUCAAGAAAAGUUCUAGUGAGAAUGCUUCAGAAAGGAAUUCCAAAUCACCUCCCUUAUCGACCAAGGAUCAGGAAGAAAAGGCAAGGAGAUGUGAAUUUGUUCAGGGAAUGUUGUUUUCCACCAUUCUUGAUGACAACUUAUGAAGAAGAUAUGUAUCAUGGCUGCUGCUGUUGUGGGCUUUUAUUACAGCCACGAGCUCCUGAAGCGGUUUGUUUGUAGUGUCUGCCUAUGUAUUAAAGCAGGGAGUGAAAUAACAGGUAGUAGUAAAUGUAAUAUAUAUUGCAUGUGAAAUCUUUGUAGCCAGGCAGAGUCAUUGACUCCAUAUUCCAUUUUCAUUCCAGUUCAUGCUUAAUCGAGAAGAUAAUAAACUUAUUUCGAUA